AUGUUUUCUGAUCAACAUCGGCAACAAGUCUCCACACCACUUCAAGUCGCUACGGAUCAUGUCACCCUGGAUGAAAAUGCACUCUUUCAUUCUCUCUUCCAAAUGUUCUGUUCCUUCUCCAACAAACUAUUCCGACAUUUCCUACUCCACAAAUUGAUGGUUCCAUUCACAUUUAUAUUGAGUGGAUGUGUGAUCGGAGGUGGCAUUUCGUUUCUAUUCAUUUCUGAGAAUAGUACUACAGCCUCUUCUCAUUCGAAAAUACGGUCGAAAGGGAAUACCUUCAUGAAAAGUUUGUGUGUUGCAAGUGGUGCCUUGUUAGGUUUAGGAAUUUCUAACUUGUUGUGUAGCAUGUAUGUCGGAUUGCAGACUUGGAAAAGAGCUUCUCGAUUAUUAAUGUUGGAUUUUCGUGACGAAGGUGCUAUGGUUGAGCGUAGUAGUCGAGUCUAA